AAUGUUGGAGCCAAACAGUGUUUGGCCUUCGGUGGAGAGUGGAGCGAAAAAACAGUAACUGUAGUAAAAACUCCUAAUAUGUUCAGUCUGUCUGAUGAGGAAAUUCAAAGACAAGUGAAGAAAUGUGUGAGACUCUGUUCUCCUGGACCAAAUGUUCUGCUGCUGUUGGUGAAACCUUCAGAAUUUACUGAAAGUGACAGAGAAACACUGAUGUUCAUCCUGAGUUUGUUUGGUCAAGAUGCUUUCAAACAUUCAUUGAUCAUCUUAACAAAUGAGGGUGAAAUAAGUUCAUCUGUCAAUGAGCUCCUCAGGCUGGUUCAAGUAAGAUGCUACAACAUGAAUGAUAAUGACCGCAGUCUGUUGAUGAAGGAGAUUGAGAACAUCGUGGAGGAGAAAAAAGGGAAAAGUCUGACCUUCACAGAAGAAACCGUCAGAUUCCAACAUAAACCAAUGAAACCAUUAAACUUGGUUCUGUUUGGGAGGAGAGGACCAGUGAAGACCUCAGCAGCCAAGGCCAUUCUAGGUCAGAUAGAUCUUCCUUCAGCCUCCAGCUCAUCAGAGUGUGUUAGAAACCAGGGAGAGGUUAGUGGACGUUUGGUUUCUGUGGUGGAGCUGCCUGCCUUGUGUGGAAAAGCUCAGCAGGAAGUGAUGGAGGAAUCAUUCAGGUGUAUCUCCCUCUGUGAUCCUGAGGGUGUCCACGCCUUCAUCCUGGUCCUACCUGUGGGUCCCCUCACUGAUGACGACAAGGGAGAAUUACAGACCAUCCAGGACACAUUCAGCUCUAGAGUCAAUGACUUCACCAUGAUCCUGUUCACUGUGGACUCAAAUCCUACAGCUGGAGAUGUUAACUUCAUAGAGAAUGAUAGAAACAUCCAGGAGCUCCUUCAGAGCUGUGGAGGAAGAUAUGUUGUUCUCAACAUCAAGGACAGACAGCAGAUCCCAGAACUGAUGGAGAGUGUUGACAAAUAUAGUGAUAAAGGGUUCAGCUUUUCAUUAGACAUGUUUACCAGAGUCUUGAUGGAAAUAACUUUAAUACUGAAACUGGAGAAUGUAGAACAGAAAAGUGGGAUGAAGAUUAAAGAUGAUUUAGAGUCAAGAGAACGACCCAGGAAAGAGACAGAAGAACUGAAGAAAAGGGAAGAAAAGCAGAAUAAAAAAUACGGUGAAGAAUUUAAAGCCCUUCAAUCUAAAUUUGAACAGGAAAUAAAGGAGAAAGACAAAUUGAUGAAGGAGUUUGAAAAGAUAAAGAAAGAACUGGAUGAAGAGGAAAGAAAAUGGAAAAGAGACGAAGAAUCCCAGCGGAAACAUUGGCAGCAAAAAGUUGGUGAUUUACAAAAACAAGUUAGUGUUGAACGACAACAAAAAGAGGCGGCUGAGAAGAAGCUGGAAGAGAGCAAACGAGAGAGGGUAAAGGAGAGGGAAGCUUUGGAGAAAGAAAAGGACAAAAUCUGGGAGCGAAUGCAUGAAGAGCUGAAACAGAACCUGCAGGAGAUGAAGAUGAACUCAGAAGAUGAACCAAUCAAAGCACUGAUGGAAUCACAUACAGCUAAAGCUUUAGCAUGUGGCCAAAUAGCAAGCCUUUCAGAGCUACAGGCUGAAGGGAAACAGCUGGAAAUGAAGACCACUGACACAGCAAUGUCAGCAUCUGGUCAAACGGAGAAUAUCUCACAGCCUCAGGAUAAACUGAAUGAGCAGAAAACAGAGAUCAGUGACACAGAUAAAGAUGGAGAGAAUGCCACUGAGUCAGGAUCCACCAGUCAAGCAGAAGCUAAGGAUCAGGAUAGAUCAGAACUGUCCGGGACUGUAGAAGGAAGUAGCUCUAAAGGUCCUAUGGAGUCCUGCAGCCUUCAUUGUUUGCGGAUUGUUCUGAUUGGGAAGACCGGCAGUGGGAAGAGCUCAUCAGGAAACACCAUCCUGGGAAGAAGAGAGUUUAAAACUGAAGCAUCUCCACAGUCAGUUACUUUGAACUGUCAAAAAGCUGAAACUGAAGUAGACGGUCGUCGUCUUGCUGUUGUCGACACUCCUGGUCUGUUUGACAACAAUUUGUCACCUGAGCAGGUCAAUGAGGAGCUGAUGAAAUGCAUUGAUCUUCUGGCUCCAGGUCCACAUGUCUUCCUGCUGGUGAUACCGAUCGGCAGAUUAUCACCAGAGGACAGAAAGACAUUCACUCUUAUUGAGGGAGUUUUGGGAGAAAAUUAUGAAAAGUUUACAAUCAUCCUUUUCACCAAAGGAGGAGCACUAAAACAAGAUGACAUGUCCAUUGAAGAUUAUAUUAAAGAUUUAUGUGAUGAUUCCUGUAAGAAGCUGAUCUCUGACUGUGGAGGAAGAUACCAUGUGUUUGAAAACUAUGAUAAAAAGAACCGCUCACAAGUUACUGAGCUGAUCCAAAAGAUCGAUGACAUGGUAAAGGUCAAUGGAGGCAACUGCUACACCAGCGACCUGCUGAACAAUUAUUGAAUCUGCUACAACUGUAGCCUGCUUAAAUGUUAAAU